UAGUAUUUAUAGAACACAAACAUGGCGAGAGGGCGAAAAUAUAAAAUGAGUUGACGAUAGUUCGGCGGUGAAUUUCGCUGUGAAAACACACCGUGCGGGAACAAUGUCGAAGAAGUCGGACAGUGGAAGGACAUUCCAUAUCUCUGUCAUAGGUUUAUCGGGUUUAGAUCACGAGAAAAACUUGUACGGCGUCGGGAAAUCUUGUCUGUGUAAUAGGUUCGUUCGUCCUCUAGCAGACGAAUACAUACACGAACAUUCUUCUAUAUACAGCGGUACCGACUUUGCGGGCCGUGUUAUAAACAACGAUCACUAUCUGUAUUGGGGAAGUGUUAUUAAGCAAUCGGACGAUGGCACAGACCUUACGUUUCAACUUAUCGAGCAGACGGAAUUUAUCGAAGACUCUAGCCUGACAACAUUAAGCCGAGGUGGACAGAUCACAUCGUACCCCAAACGUUGUACGGCCGUAAAGCUUCAAUCCCAGGAGAAAUUGAUGUACAUAAGUCGAGAUCAAGUUGCCUUGCAAAAUGAUUACGAACAAGUCCAGCUACCCGGGGGAAAAUUCAAUGUUGACGGCUUUGUUUGCGUGUAUGAUGUGUCGUCUCGGGGCAAAGCAGAAGAUCAGGAAAUGUUAUACGCAUCGUUACUAACCGUUCUACAGAAGACGAAAAAACCGAUCGUAGUUGCUGCUACGAAGUGCGAUGACUUACGAAAGAAUUCGCUCGACGAUUGCCACAAGCUCUUCACAAGUAAGAAACUUACGAACGUGCCGAUUAUCGAAGUUUCGGCGCAGGAAAAUGUGAAUGUUGAUCUAGCGUUUCUGUUGCUGGCCCAACUGAUCGAAAAGGGUCGAAUUAGGUCGCGAAUAACGCCGUAUAGUGAGGCGAUACAGUUACAGAAGGAAAAAAUUAACAGUGCUUUAGAGAAGUACCAAAAACUUGUCGAGAAGCAAGUGAGUAAUUUCCAGUCAAUAUGGAAGAAUAUGAAAAAAACUUUUGAGACCGGCCCAGAGUAUUUGGCAGUUCGGGAUUUGUGUGGCAUUGACACUUGUAAGAAAAUUUUCAACAAGCACAUACGGCGUUUAAAGAAAGAUGCAGAGGAUGUCAAACUAGCCGAAUAUUUGAUAAAGAUUCCGGCCGCUUUGAGCGAUCUUUUCCCAACGAUUCAUAGCGUCGAUGUAUUUCAUCAGGACUGGUCGAAGUGCCAAGCGGCGAUAAAGGAACAUUGCCACUUUGAUAAGUGGUUUAGGACACUUUCAAACGGCUCGUCAUGGCAGGAUAGCGAGAACUUGACCAGUAAGGACUUUCUCGUCCCCUUCGAUGUUUUGACAAGCGAGGAAGCAGAAAUAUGCUUUGAUAAGCAUGUCGAGAAACUGAAAGAGGCUGAGCUAUGUUCUCGAAUGAAAAAGGAAUUCAAACGUUUGUUGCAAUUAACCCCACAGAUUCAACCUGGUACCCCUUGGGACGACGCGGUUUUGCUUUUGAAAAACGAGGAAAGCUACAAGUACCUCAGCGACCACGAUAAAUUGGAUAUUUUUGAGCACUACCAGGUCGAAAUCAGGGAACAGGGCCGAAUAGAUUUACAAGAAUUGCUGUUCGAAUCCGCAAAGUUGUUUGCAAACUUCGGGCCGUCAUGUCGUCCCACGGUUGAAAAAUUGCAUCAAAUAUGCAACGAACUACAGAAGGACGAAAGGUAUCGUCGCUUCGAUAAACUGCCCAACGAGAGAGACACGUUAUUGUGGAAUCACAUCGCCUUAAUACACAGUCCGACACGAUGUUUGUCUGGCGAGGGGAAAUGUAUGGAUGACCUUAUUCAGGGUAUCGUCUCAACGACUGAUCAAAGACCGCUGUCAUCAUUUCUCACUGGUAGCUGCGAUACCUUCGAAUCAGAAGAUAGUCUUGUGACUUUGAUCGUGGUUGGUAUAAAUGGUCUUGCCAAAGAAUUUGCACAAGGCGCUGAGAAACGCUGUUAUGGAGAGCACAUGGAGUAUCCGUUUGAAAACAAGCUGUAUGAACUUGAUAUCAAGGUCGUAGAGGAUGAAGGGAACGAAUCCGACAUCUUCAGUGAACUCGAUGACAUCAGCACUACAGGUCUGUGUUGCGUUUUUUCCUCGCGGGACACUUUCAACUACAUUGAGACGUAUCUCGAGCGAACAGUCGGAAAAUCAGACGAUGUUUUGAGAGAGGACGUUCCAAUAGUGUUAGUGCUAGCACAGGAUCCUCAGGAAAAAGAUUCGCAGAAAGAAUUGAAAUCUAAAGCGCAAGAACUCGUUAACAGGUAUGGCUGUGUGUUUAUCGAUAUCCACAUCAGUCAUUUCUAUCGUGAUUUGUUGAUCACUGACACCCAAGUUGACGAAGCCAUCAAGAACAUCUUGGAAGGAAUCAAAAAUCAGACGAGAUCCCGAUGUACUUCUGAGGAUCUGAAAGAACCUGAUCCAGAUUUAAGGAUCUUACUUUGUGCAAACUGUGGCGAUCCAUAUCCCGUCGAGCUUAUUCUGGGUCCUCUGUUUACAAACCAGUCGUGUUCAAAAUGCCCAGGAAGAAACGACAGCGUUAUGUUAGAGACGUUUGUUGGUUCGGAGAAGAAGACAGUUAUGAUAACAUUCACUUCAUAUCACCGAGCAUACAGUUUAAACUAUCAAAAAUUCCACGGGUAUAUUCUUGUCUACUCUGCCGUAAGGUCUGCCUCGUUAUCAACACUGAGUGUAUUUGCAUCGUCCAUACCCACCAUUCCUAUCCAAGUUCUAGCGACUACGGGAAGUUAUUCUGGUGCCAGUGUUGUUUUUCAUAGCAAUGUCGCAAAGACACUGCUCGCUGAUGGAACUAACCUUGCCAGCAAACUCUGUGCAAAGUUUCAAACCACUUCGCCACAAUUCCAAUACCAAGCUGGAGCAUUUGCAGUUUUCUUCAACCGGGUUUGGGAGAAGAAGCGAGAAUCCGAGGCCGCUUACGCCGAACACCUGAUGACAUUUAGCGAUACGUUACCACGCAAGAAGCAUGAUCCACUGCCCGAGGUGCCGCCGUCACCUCGCGACCGUCGACCGAACCGUAACCGAAGCUUAAGCGCACGUCAUUACGAAUCUCCGUCGCUGAUCACUCGGGAGAUCCACAGUAGUUCGGGAAGUCUGAAUGCAAGGCCUACACCUUCAUUCGAGGUGUCAUUGGUGGACGAGGAUGAUCUAAGUCCUUAUGCUGUUGUCAAAAGAAACGUUUACCACCCUCCAGCUCCGAACGAGAUCAGGCCGCCAUUCACAAGCACACCGAAUGCAAGUUCCACAGAGGAAAUUAAUCCUUAUGCAUCGUCCACACCACUCAGGGCUGAGAUGUUUGCCCAGAAGGAUAACAUUGUCAACGAGUUUGAGCAUCUGUAUUCCAAAGUUGACCGAGCUGCGAUACUCCGGGAGGUCCAUGCGGAAGACCAAAUCGCGUCGGACAAACCUGCGUAUGUUGAUGAUAUCUCGUACGAAAGUAAGGAGGGAUAUCGAGGAUCAGGCACCUUCGAGACUCCACCUCCAGUACCUAUACGUACUAUACACGAUGAAGACGAGGAUGAGCCGGUGUCUGGGGAGAAAGAUCCGGGGUAUUCGACAAUACGAAGUACAACGCGUGAUAAUCAUGACGAAGGCUAUUCUACCGUAGAGGAGACAUUACAACGUGGGAAUAAGAGAGGGAACAAGGCGCGUCCUCUCAGUGCCGAUCCUUUCCAAAUGGGAAUGAGAGAUAAGAUCCAGUUCUUUGGUGAGAGAAUGGUCCUUCCGUAUCCCUCUGCGAACCGCUCGUUCCCCAGCGAUAGUUUGCAAAGACUGCGCGACAAGAAAGUGGUACCAGGCCUCAUCAGCAGGUUCUCUAACAGCGCGCCUCUGGCACAAAUGGAGGAAUCGGAGGUUCCCGAUUACGCUUCGGUAAAAGACCUCGAAGAAGUGCGUAAAAAGGCAAACAGACAUUCUACCAUACCCGAGAUUACGAGUUAUUCCGACAGCGUCGUCGUCAUGCGUUCGACAAGCAAGGAAAGUGCGCGAACAGCAAGAUCAGCCGACGAGUGUACAAUUGCGGAGCUGAUGGACAAUGCCGCUUGUGCAGCUGCGCAGAAACGGCUUCGUAGCCCAGCGAAACGACAACCAUUUCCGGAACCAACUGGAGAUCUCAAUUCACCGAAGUCAGAGCAGCCAUCUCCAAUGUCAGAACUUCCUCCACCCCAUAUAAGUUAUUCCAUAUGUUCGGACGACGGCCAAACUGCUGACGACGAGGCCACCAUUGAUCGCACAAAGAAGCCCCGUAACUGGAGCAUUAGAAAACCUCGCAAGAGUUCUCCGAUGCCUCCUAGACGAGCCCACGAUUUGGAGAAACGAUCCCGCAGUAGAAAGAGGAAAGAAUCAGACGGAAAGACCGGAGAAAAGAACAUAAGCCGUAGCAGAAGUGUUCCUCGGAACUUUAACCCUCUGACGAAACGUUACGAGACCAGAGAAUGGAUUGCUGUUAAACAGAAGUACAACAGCUUGUCAAUGGACACCAGGGCGAUGUCACCUCGCCAAGACGAAGGAGAAUCGUUCACGGAGGAGGAUACUGAAGACGAUACAAUGACCAGGAAGCGUAAAAAAGACGAAAAGGAGGCGGAGAAGAACAGAAAACGCGAGGAAAAGCAACAGAAAAAGCAGGAAAAACUUCGAAAGAAAAAAGAAGAUCAAAUGAGGAAGAAAGAAGAAGAAUUUCGUAGGAGGUCGAAAGGAAAGAAGAGCAAGUAUUUCGGUCAGCUGUUACCUGAUAUCUGUCCUGAGAACUCUCUCGUUCCUCUCUUUGUCACAAAAUGUAUCAACUUUGUUGAAAAUAGUGGAAUGCAGGUCAAAGGAAUCUAUCGGGUGAGUGGAAACAAAGCCGAUGUGGAAUCCUUGCAACAAAAGUUUGAAGAAGACCCAAACAAGGAUUUCUCGGAAUUAGGACUGACCACACAUGCCGUAACUGGCGCUCUUAAAUCGUUCUUCACCAAGUUACCCGGAGCUUUAAUUCCAAGCAACAACUACGAGGGGAUUAUUGCUGCAACCACGAUAAUGGACGCCAACGAAAGAUUUGCAGAACUGCGUAAAAUAAUGAAACUGAUGCCAGCCCACAACUACGCCGUAUUCAAAAGGCUCAUGUUCCAUCUUAACAAGGUAACGGAGCAUAAAGAUGUGAAUAUGAUGGAAUCUCGUAAUUUAGCAAUCGUUUUCUGGCCAACAUUGGCUCCACCAGUCAUAGCAACAAUCGACAAUUUUUCCAGAACUAUGAAUAUGUGUCUGUUCGUUCAAACCUACAUUGAACAUUGCGCUGAACUAUUCAAAGAAGAUUAACCACGGUAUGCUUUAGGACAAUUUUGGAUCAUUGUUUACAUUCGUGGUAAAAUAUUAUGGUGGAAAUUAUUGUUUGUGGAAGAUAGUGGAUUGUUAUGAAAGUCGCCGCCGUUGAUAUUGGAAUGGUUGUGGAUAGAUUCAUAAAUCCAAUUUGAACGUUUUGUACAUCAUUGGAUAGUUAUGGAUAUUGUAGUCUAAAAAAUGGAUGACUACAGUGGUGUUGGUAUAUGCAGAUGAUCAAGUUGGGAUGAAAACAUAGGUUGAUAGAUUGAUGGAAAGUAUUACUAACGUAACGACACAAGUGGAUAGAAGUUUUGAAUAAUGACAAAUGCCCUUUAUGGCUGCACUAACCAUUAGAUAUUUUAUAGACAUCACUAAUUUAUUAUGUAUGUGUGUAAUAUGUAAUCACGCAAGAACUGCCGAAAAUCGCCACGCGUGGCACUCUGCGUGUCACCCGUCCCUCGUGAACCACGCGUGAGUCAACUUCAUUCAAGUAUACGAAGCAAAACAAAGUCUUAAACAUUGCACAAUAAUUGAACAUUACCUGGAACAAUAAUUUUAGCUAUUUUUGAAUGAGUUUUGUGUAUUUUUAUUGUAUAUAUUUUCUUGCGGAAAGUAAUCGUUUUGUAACGAACUGUAGCGAAAUUUUAGGGAUUUUUUGAGUCGUUUAGGGCUAGGUAAAUUGCUAAGAUUUAGAAUUUAGUCUUGUGCUCUUUUUCGAGCAGAGAGGAAAUAAAUG